GACCGCCUUCUCCCAAACAACGACACAAGCCCUUCGAAAUCCACGCGCACACCCGCGCGGCGUUCCCGGCCAUCGGCGCAAGCGAGCUCCAGCGUCGAAGCUCGUCGGAGAAGAAGAUGAGGAUCGAAGAGGUUCAGUCCACCACCAAGAAGCAGCGCAUCGCCACUCACACCCACAUCAAGGGCCUUGGCCUUGACCCCAAUGGCGUUGCGCUUCCGAUGGCGGCGGGGUUUGUGGGGCAGGUUGCGGCGAGAGAGGCUGCUGGGCUUGUGGUUGAUAUGAUCCGGCAGAAGAAGAUGGCUGGACGGGCGCUGCUUCUUGCCGGGCCUCCGAGCACUGGGAAGACUGCUCUCGCCCUUGGGAUUUCUCAAGAGCUUGGAACCAAGGUUCCUUUCUGUCCAAUGGUUGGGUCCGAAGUGUACUCUUCGGAAGUGAAAAAGACUGAAGUGUUGAUGGAAAAUUUUCGAAGGGCUAUUGGGUUGAGAAUCAAGGAAAAUAAGGAAGUAUAUGAAGGAGAGGUUACUGAGCUUUCUCCAGAAGAAACUGAGAGUACAAAUGGUGGCUAUGGGAAGAGCAUUGGUCAUGUAAUUGUCGGGUUAAAGACUGUAAAAGGAACAAAGCAAUUAAAAUUGGAUCCAACCAUCUAUGAUGCUCUAAUCAAGGAAAAGGUUGCUGUAGGCGAUGUCAUUUAUAUUGAAGCAAAUAGUGGUGCUGUGAAGAGGGUUGGUAGAAGUGAUAGUUUUGCUACAGAAUUUGAUCUUGAAGCAGAAGAGUAUGUUCCACUACCUAAAGGAGAGGUGCACAAGAAAAAAGAGAUAGUGCAGGACGUAACUUUACAUGAUCUUGAUGCUGCAAAUGCUCGUCCACAAGGUGGGCAGGAUAUACUAUCGCUUAUGGGGCAGAUGAUGAAACCUCGGAAGACUGAAAUCACUGACAAGCUACGACAAGAAAUCAAUAAGGUGGUUAAUAGAUAUAUUGAUGAGGGAGUUGCGGAGCUUGUUCCUGGAGUCUUGUUUAUUGAUGAGGUUCAUAUGCUGGAUAUGGAAUGCUUUUCUUACCUCAAUCGUGCGUUAGAAAGCGCUAUCUCACCAAUAGUGAUAUUUGCUACAAAUAGAGGAAUAUGCAAUGUGAGAGGAACUGAUAUGACCAGCCCACAUGGUGUACCUGUGGAUUUGCUGGAUCGUUUGGUGAUUAUUAGGACAGAGACAUAUGGUCCCACUGAGAUGAUCCAGAUAUUGGCAAUUAGAGCACAGGUUGAAGAACUAGUCAUUGAUGAAGAGAGUUUGGCUUAUCUUGGAGAAAUUGGUCAGGAGGCAUCUUUAAGGCAUGUGAUGCAGUUAUUAUCACCUGCUAGCAUUGUGUCCAGGAUGAGCGGGAGGGAUAAAAUAUGCAAGGCCGAUAUAGAGGAGGUAAAUACCCUGUAUCUGGAUGCAAAAUCUUCUGCACGGCUCCUCCAAGAACAACAAGAUAGAUACAUAUCUUGACUUAGAUUUCCUCUGUGAGUCUUGGAAUGUAUUGAAUUGCUGCUAACCAUGAAGCUCUUGAUGAGAGAACCUAUUUCUGGCGAAUCAUCUUUGGAUUUAUCUUCUCCCUGGAUUGUCUCUGCUGCACACUGAGUGAUGGAAUCAGAAAUCUGAGGAAUUUUCUGUAUUUUC